GGCAAAUGCCUUCAGGCAUUCAGAACGCUCAGCGCUGGUUCGGUUUCGCUUCCCUUGGGGACAAUUUUAAAAACUUAUUGUAAACAAAAUAGAAGAUUUUCGGUAGCAAUUAUAAUUAUUGCUAUUAUGGUAACCCCAUUUCUUGUCAACUAUUUGAACGGAGCAAGAGUUCUUACACAGCAAGUGCUCUCCAGGCACAAUUCUCUAGAAGGUACAGAGAUCAUUUUAUUUGUUUGUUUGUUUCAGUAAGCUUAUCUUCAAAUUAUCACCGGGAUAUUUAUAGUCCCGUAUCCUAUGUAACCAAUCGAAUCAAUAGAUUAAGUAAGCUAUCGCAAUCUCUUAUUCUGUAGCCAAAUUAGAUAAAUCAAGGUCACAGCCUGAGUAUAUCAUAAUAGGAAAAAGUAGCUGAUUUUUUUCUGGAUUUGACUGGAUGGGAAUUCAUCAUUUUCACAUAGGCCAUAAUGCACCUUGUUUACCCCCCAAAAUUUUGCAUAACCAUCGUCUUCGAUUUCUCUUGGGGUGACUGCAAUACCCAGGAGAAUUGGAAACAACUGUUAUGCAAAAUUUUGGGGGAUGAAUAAAACAAGAAAGGUGCAUUAUGGUCUAUGAUAAACGUGAGGCACUGCUGCCACAGCCUUACCCAAAAUCCCCUUUAGUUCCCCCAGGCAUUCAACAUGGACACAGCAUGAUAAUUAUUAGACUGUUCACAGUCCCCUAUUUUUCCGUGAGAUCGUCGAGAUCGAGGGCGUCUUACCAUUAAUGGCGGCCAUCUUGAUUUUCAGUUGUACCGAGUCUAACCUGGGGAUGACUAUCAAAUCUACUUAGGGGGCGGGGGACAGUUUGGGAGGAGGCGAGAAAAAUAGCCCCCCACCCACUAGAGCUAUAAUCCCUGACGCCUGCUUAGACGCCCGGCCCCUCGGUACAUCUAAAAAUCAAGAUGGCCGCCAUUAACGGUAAGAUGCGCUCGAUCUCAACGAUCACACGGAAAAAUAGGGGACUGUGAACAGUCUAGAUAAUUAUGACUAAAAAGAAGACCCACGAUAACCAGGCAUGAAGAGCAGGAAAAUGCAGCAAAUUAGGCUAUUAUACUCUCUCUGACCUUCUUCGCUGCGAAAACAAGCAGCAAAUAAGCAGGGGCAAUUUAAAAGAGCUCGUAGAUUUGAGCACUAAUGUAUGUAUGGUAUAUUGUUUGUGUUACUGCACCUUAGAGUAUCCCAACUGUCAAGGACAAGUUGCCAUCGUGACUGGAGGAAAUAAAGGUAUUGGUCUUGAGACAGUCAGAGGACUUUGCAGUGCAGAUGUAACUGUCAUAAUGGGUAUGUAUUAAUUCUCGCAAAAGCAAGUUUACAAUCUUUUUGUGCCCGAAGUGCACAAAGCAUGCGAGCAGUGCGUGAGCUGCGCAUGGUCUUAGCGGAAAGCAAAGUUGUUCGGCCCAUAUAGGUUGAUUCUCAAUUUCCUUUGUCUUUUAUGGCUAGGAGACAUCACACGAAAUUGAAAAUCGACCUAGGUUAAAUCAAAAUUAACCUGAAAUCAAAUUUGACAUUAGAUGUCUAACAUCAGACAUCUGACAUCAGACAUCUGAUAUCAGACAUCUGACAUCAGACGUCUCAUAACAGACAUGCGACAUCAGACGUCUAACAUCAGACAUGUGAUGACAGACGUCCAACAUCAGACAUCAGACAGUUAGACGUUUGAUAUCAGACACCUGACAUCAGACAUCCUAUGAACGACAUCAAAUAUCAGACGUCUGAUAUCAGACAUCUGUUAUCAGACGUCUGAUAUUAGAAAUCUGACAUUAGAUGUCUAACAUCUGACAUCAGACGUCUGAUAUCAGACAUCUGACGUCAGACGUCUCAUAACAGACAUGCGACAUCAGAUGUCUAACAUCACACAUGUGAUGACAGACGUCUGAUAUCAGACAUCUGACAUCAGACAUAUAACAUCAGACAUCUGAUGACACACAUCUAACAUCAGACGUCUGGUGUCAGAUGACUCCUAUCAUGUAUUUUGAGUGAAGAUGACAAUCUGACUUUGGGGUAUCCAUUCUAGUCACCACCAUUCAUAAUCAUAAGUCAUGAUCACUUUCAUAAUCCUUAUGAACUGCAUCCCCAGUGAUAUUUGCUACAUGUAAUUUCUACUGUUAUAAACAAUAGUAAUUGUAAGUGUUAUUAUAAUGUACAAAUCAGAACAACUACUCUCAUUGUUCACUUAGCAAUAAAUAUGUUUUCUCCAAUAACCAGUGUUUACUUGUUAUUUUUGCUAAAGCAUUACUCCUGUUAUUUCAUCCACUCAUUAAUUUUAAUAGUCCUUGCAUGCAAUAUCGAAAACAACUACAUCUGCAUAUGGCCCCUGUUGUUCAAAUGGGAUUAGUGUUCAGUGUGCAAAGAAAAUAGUGUGUGAUAGCCCUGGGCUAGUGGAUUUUGCUAUCGGGCAAGUCAAUUCUGUUCUUAACUUGCCUGACAGACAAGUGAAGUAUUUUGAGGAAUUCAACUUACAGAAUUUAAGAACUGUGAAAUCAAUUCUACUCAUCAAAAAAUUUGGGGGGCUAGUUGAAAUGACGUUUGGGCUAGUAAAUGCUAGCUUCAGCUUGCCCGAAUGGCAAGCUGUAAAAAUGACUUUCUUUGCACCCGUUUGCUAUCCACUGGAUAAAUUACUACCCAGCAGUUAAGUAUUAACAGGAAAGCAAUUGCGUUAUCCACCAAAAAGUGGAUGGCGCUUAAUGCCUUUCAAACAACUGGGCUCUGAGGUAUAGCAGAUACUACUGACACCCUAAUUAUUACAAUAUUAUUACAGGAGAUGGUAUGAGUUGGCUGUUAUUGAAGCAAUGCCACGGCAUAUUAGCCUGCAGUCAUCCACUAUUACACCCAUUUCCUUUUGACAAUAACUAAGUACUGACAUAUAAUGGAGUCAAAUGGGGUGAACAUGGAACCUGCGCAACUUUAGCCACCCUUCCUGAAUAAUAGUAACCUCAUUUAAAUCCCAUAUUUUGUUUCAAGGCAGGGAACUGGGUCCAAAUUUACUCCAACCAAACAGAGAUUAAGUAUAUCUCUGCUUCCAAUAGUCAGAGUUGAACCCCCUCCCCAAUUACACAAUUUACUUUUUUUCUCCCACCCUCCUAUCCAUAACUUUUUAUGUGUCUGCUUCCCCGAGCCUCAAGAGGUGGUGUGAUACAUGAAUUUCUAGUUUUUUUCAAGGAUUACACUCCAGAGAUAUUCCAUUGUUUGUUUAACCCACUCAACACUGAUUGCCUGAUGCAAUCCACUUGUCUCUACUUCAGCUUGUAGGGAUGAGGGUGCUGCAAGGGAAGCAAUAAAACAGCUCAAAGAAGAGCAACCACAAGCGAAUGGUAAAUUUGUUUUCAGAAUAUACCUUUUAUUAUACAAGUUGUUCUUUUGCAUGGCAAUUAGAUACAGUUGUGUAAGCCUUAGAUUCACUCUCUGUGAUACUUAUGAUUUACAAAAAAGGUAAAGGCACACACGAGCCAAAGGCCCAAACAGCCCAGGCUAUCCUGGUUCCCUAGCAUGAAGCAUGCCUAGGAGUAGGAGUAUUGCUACUUCCCCAGCAUGGACAGGAUCCUAUAGUCCAUCACAGGGUUAACCCACAGAGGUAUUGUUGCCCAUACCAUUUAUACACCUGGGUAAAAAGAACUAAGGAAACAAUGCAAUGGGUGUUGCUUGAACCACCUCCAAACCCGGAGACUGAGGUAUUAAACUGCUAGGCCAUGCACACCUACUACUUAAUGAGUGCAGCCUCCUAAACAUAGCCUGUGCACAAACCCUAUAUUGUAUCUCUUGAGAUUGUCAAAUCAUCUGUGGACAGGCUAUCCCAAAUACCAGUUGCUCUUACUUUUCAUACUGUUUUACUCUUUAAAGUGAUUUGAAUUAAAACAGUGCAUUUGGAAAAAAAUACAUAAAAGUAUUUUUUUGUUGUUGUUUUUCAAACAGUUGAGUUUAUGGAGCUUGAUUUGGGAAGCCUUGGUUCUGUACAGAAAUUUGUAAAUGAAUUCAAGAAGAAGGAACUACCUCUUCAUAUCCUAGUGAACAAUGCCGGGAUUAUGUUUCCACCAUAUGGUACAACUGAAGAUGGCUUUGAGCGACAGUUUGGAGUGAAUCAUCUUGGACCUUUUGCUCUCACAAAUUUGCUAUUAGAUGAGUUGAUAAAGUGAGAGAAUAAGUGAAAUGAAAUUAUUUCACGUUAUAUAUAUAUAUAUAUGCCUCUGGCUAAUAUUUGUCAAAAAAUGAACUGUGUGUUAUUUGAGCAAAAUUACAGUCUGAAGAUGUUAAAAUACCACAUAUUAAUCAUUAGUGUGUUCUAUGUUUUGAAAUCAUGGUUUUACGAUGUCAGCUCUGUCAACACGGACACUGACGGGCCCAUAGAAAGUGUCCGUAUCAAUUAACAGGGUGUCCAUGUAGUGCUGGUUGAAUUUAGAGAAAAUGUAAGGGCUUUCUUUCCCUAGUGACAAAACAAAGUGUCCAUGAUAAAGAGGUGUUUGUAUUAAGGGGGUGUCUGUACAGCGGGGUUUGACAGUAUUAUGCAGUAAAUUAAGUGGGAUCUUCUGACAAUAUUUCACUAGAACAGGACAACAUUAGAAGUUCCAGAACCAUUAGAUCCGCAAAGAGUCUACAAACCAAAAUAGAAAUUAAGUAAGCUUUGGUAUGCAUUUGUAGGUGAAUAAACAAUUAUAAUUAUUAAUGAGACUUAAAAUGAAUCAUGCAAUUACAUGCGUCAGUGCGAUGGAUAAAUUCCAGACAGCAAAUUUAACUAUGGCAGCCUGACCAGCUGUUACACCACUGUACCAAGAGUAAUGAUAAUAACUCGCGAAAACUCUUGUAUUACAGGUCUGGCUCAGCACAAAGACGCUCCAGAAUUGUCACUUUGUCAUCCGAGGCACAUGUCCCGGGCACCAUUAAUUUUGAAGACCUACAGAGCAAGUAUGUGCAACUUAGUAAGAGCAGGGUAGCCUGGGGGAGGGGGAAGGGGGAACUCCUACAUGGAAAUGACAUGGGUGCUUGUCAUCUCACUUAGGAUAGGAAUUACAGGUUAUGGCUUCACUUAGGUUGUUGAUGACGAAAACCCAAUAUUUUUAACCAUGAAGUUAUCGCAAAAAACAAAAAUGCCCUCAUACUUUGUUGGAGUAUGGUCUCCUUUAGAUUAAUGGUCAAAUAAACGCUGAGCCACGCCCCGGUGGGUCUCCUAAGGGGUCAAUUCCUAUUUUCCGACGAGCAUCCCUCAGUCACUUUCAUGCGUCUCCACCGGGCGAAAUAAGGUUUUAUAUAGAAACAUUAUAUUCCAUGUGAUAACUCACUGCCGUUCCAUUAAGGGAGCCUGGAAAUUGCCAAUUGCAGGAGCCCAUAUGGACUCCUACCAAUUGUUGGGACCUGUCUCCAGAAAAGGAUCUUGGUUUUCCGGAAUAGUCUUGGAUAGGUACAAUAUUAAAUGAUACAGUUACGCAGCAUGGCCGAGCGUUGAGAGUGCUGGAAUUCUAAUUUGGAAGCUAUACUAUCGUCUUUUCGAAACGUCGAGUCUUAUGUUCCAAAAACCAACACCUUCUAAAUCCUACUGAGCCCGGUAUUCCAAGAUUGUCCUCUAAUUUUAGAUAACGAUAAUUCAGCGGAGACCCGACAAUUUUUGAUGCGUCACUCUUACUUCACGUAAUCUUCCUUUCUUAAAGUUAAGAAUUAUAAAAUAACGUCUAUUUGCUCUAUGAUGUUUGCAAAAUCUAUCAAAUCUUAUUGUCCGCUUCAAAAACUACAACAUAAAAACGCUUCUUAUUUUAAGACGAAAUCCGUCAGGAAAUUGAGUGGUUUUAAUCUUCAGCGGACAAAAACCUUGUACCAGAAUAUGGAAAAAUAAUUUAAACAAUAUGGCAUUCUUUUUUAAAACAUUUUCAAGAGUUAUAGAUGUAAUUAAUUAUCUGUAAUUCCACCAAAAAAAAUGCUAUGAGAGCCCGAGAAAAUGAAUGUCAAAUGUCACAAAGUGACAUCUUACAUACGAAAUUUUCAGAAUUUUACCUGUGUUUUCACAAUUCUUGUGAAAUUUGACAUUAUAUUUUCUCGGGCUCCCAUGAGAAAUAGUCUUUGGUGUUGUUACAAAUAACUAAUUAUAUCUAUAGCCCUUGAAAAAUGUAAAAAGGAAUGCGAUAUUGUUUACACUGUUCAGGAACAGGAUUUCGUCCACUGAAACUUGAAAUUACCCUAUUUCCUAAUGGAUUCCGUCUUAAGCUCUCAGUACGAUUUGGGAACACUAUUGUUACGUCAUCUAUUGGAGACAGGACCGCCAUUUUACGUGGUCAUGAGAUCUACGCGCGCGCAGGUCUAGCCGUUUGCAGGGCAAAGACAAUGCCUUCAUGUCACAGUUAUUUAAAGACCUUGGGUAUAAGAUGUCUGGUCCCGGGAGUCGAACCCACGACCUCCCGCUCUGAAGUCAAGCGCUCCACCGACUGAGCUAUUUCUGCUGCGGUUAAACUCAUUUCAACAAUCUCAUGUUAUCAUUAAUCAGAAGCAGCAAAACAUGUGCAGUGCAGUGUAUGAUUUCUUUACACACACCUGUCUCUGCUCCCCUAACAGAAUUUACUACUCUCCGCAUCUGAGUUACAGUCAAAGCAAGCUCGCCAAUAUUUUGUUUACCUACGAGUUGGCUAGACGCUUGAAGGCACGGAAUAGCCCUGUCAUGGUCAAUGCUCUUCACCCAGGCGUGGUCAACACAGACCUGUUCCAAUAUGUUCACUGGCUUGUAAGAAUACCACAAAACCUGUUAGCAAACUUAUUUUUUAUGGUAAGCACAGAUGUAUUUGUGAGGUAUUCUGAUUGUUUGCUUUGCUUUGCACUUUGGACUUGACUGUUUGGGCCUCCAAAUCAUGCAUGAGCGAGCUGAUGCAGUACAAUCUGCAAGCAAUGGGACAAGAAUUUUGUGUUGCAAUUGACAAAUCACAGCUUUAUUUUCACUGUCUAGUGGGGGAGUCUGUUAGGAAGCUUUUAUUUCUCUGUGGAAAUAAAGUCAGUUGCAUUAAAUUAGGAAGGAUUUUAAAGAAAAGUUUGGGAUAUUCAUAUUCGGUUCUCAAGAUUAGAUACUUUUCAAUUUUCUAUCGAUUUACUCAGGUAGGUUUGUCGAUCAGCACCGUAAAUGUUUAUCUUAAGUUGCUACAAAACGUGAACACCCAAAAGACGUUUUUGAUGGGAAUCCGUGACAAAAUAGGGGACAACGUUCCUCGUUAACUAUUAGUACACGUUUGAUUUUAAUCAACGUUGAUAUCCGUGCAAUCCCAGAAUACCGACCACGGGUCCUGACAUUUACUCAGCCAAUCCGCUAGACAUUCGUGUUACGUGUGCAGCCAUGGGUAUAUUUCAAUAUACGUUGUCGUAUUUAAGGCGUCAACCUGACUCAACUAGUCUGCAAGGUCUUGUGGGUAACUGAAAAUCCUUUGUAAUUCGAUCACGCGCCAUUGUCAGUGCCAUAGAUGGUAUAAAACGUCACAAUUGAUUUUUUAUGACAGAACGACUGCUUCAUGGCCAAAUGUGGAAGUAUUUUUGUUAAUUAGCAAGAUUGCUAAAUGUUCUCGUCACGUAUACCUUGAGAGCUGUGGAUUCUCCAUGCUGGACGCUACGUUAUGGAGAGAGAGAAACCACUGCGGACAACCGCUUGCUUUUCCGUCGAGCAUGCGCAAAAACGUGAUUCCUUCGUCAAAUGACAUUACUUCCUCUUGUUUCGCAGGAAACAUUAGGGACUUAAGACGUGACGACAACAAAGUAACAACUUUGCCCGUACAUCGCAGUUUUUUUUGUAUCUUUUUUUUUUGCCAUUUUUGCACGACUGCAACGUAAAAAUUUCUAAUUUCGCGUUUUAUGGGGAACGUAAAAAGAAACGGCGAAAAUUUAUUUCUCCUUCUGAACUUGUAUGUGGUCCCUAAGUAUUCAACUUCAACUGGGCUGUCCUACAUCGGCAAAGUAAGUGGUUUGGGAAAAUGGCGAUAAAGGCGGAAAGUGCGCAAAUUUAGAGCAUGCUCGCGUUAAGGCAGCAGUUAUAAGUUAGCGUAAGGAAAUGCGCGCGAGCCUCAACUUGUUUAAAAGCACGUUUUGCCUGUUCAAAGUUAAUUUAUUCCUCUAUGGCGCUGGACGGCGGCUCGAUCAGAGAAGCAAACGAUAGGUCCCAGUGGUUUCUCUCCCUUUGUAGCGUUACAUCCAGCAUGGAGAGGCUACUGCUAGCAGGGUACAGUGUACGUCGCGUAGGGCGUUCCGCAACGUUAAUUAAAAGAGAAAAGUGUACUUCAGAGAUAAUAAAAAUAAUAUACUAAUAUUAACACAAUAACAGGAUAGCCUCAUUUCGUUUAUUUUAGACCCCUAAGCAAGGAGCAGACAAUAGUCUUUACGUGGCUCUAUCUCCGGAGUUAGAGGGUACAAGUGGAAAAUACUUUGUAAACUGCCUUCCGGUAAAGUCUUCGGAAGAAACAUAUCAUGAAGAUCUUCAAAGACGACUUUGGCAAGUUAGCUGUAAACUUACGGGCAUUCAAGAUUGACUUUGGUCAUACUAAUGAUUUAGAACUUUAAGAAGAAAAAAUCUUUACUUAUUUGUGACAAGGUGUCUUCUUAGAUUCAUAUAAUAAACCUGGGAAGAGAUGCCAACAAGUUGGUUGGCCAUUAAAACUAUUAAAUAAAAUGUCUUACUGGUGGGAAAUAGAAGGUAAUGCGUACAUGACAAUAUUUUUCUAAAUAAGUUCCAUUGUGCUCGCGAAUUAACUAACCAGAGAGCCGCUUUAGAGUAGUGCUGGGUGACCCGAAUGACUGUAAUGACUCCAUUGAACUUGGAUUUGGAUAUGUGUCGAAUCCACUUGGAAGAGAAUCACGUACUAGUUUUUGCACUUACAUCAGGUUUAUUCUGUAUACUGUAAUUUUCUGAUUACACACUUCUGGAACGCUGAAGACUCCGAGGGAAAGGGAGUAUAAAAUGCCUGGU